CGUAAUUGUAAUAAACAUUUGGAUUUUGGAUAUCAAGAUGCAACGUUACGUAGAUAUGGUUGUCAAUUUGGCAAAAAUAUUUAAACAAAAUAAAGGACCACUUGGCAUGCUUCGGACUAUGUACAGAACUGAUGACUUGAAAUGGGGAACUCUUGUUGGUGAGGAUAAAUAUGGAAAUAAAUAUUAUGAAAAUAAUUACUUCUUUUAUGGAAGAAAUAGAUGGAUAAUAUACAAUGAACGUGUUCAUAUGGAUUAUGAUGCAUCUCAGGUACCAGCUGAAUGGUAUGGAUGGCUUCAUUAUAAAACUGAUUUGUUACCACACAAUGAUCCAAAUAGACCAAAGUACAAGUGGAUGAUUGAUCAUCAACAAAAUUUGUCUGGUACUAAAAAUGCAUACAUGCCAUACAGCACAACCAAGCCAAAAGUUGAAGCAUGGAAACCAUCAUAAGUAUAAUUUUUCAAGCAAAAUAAACGUAGAAAAAUAAUCAUUAUUAUAACUGAUAAUAAAUUGUCAGUGUAAUAAUAUCGAGUGAAAAAUUGUACCCAAAAAUAUGGGAUUAUAGGCAGAAAAAAUGAAAUAAUAAAUCACUGUAAAUAAAUUUAUUUGAAAAAAAAAA